AUGUCGUUUCUUGACAAGGGGGUUGACGGCGGCCCCCAAACCGGAGGCUCUGAUUCGAGUGGCGAUGCAACUCCGACGCCUAGGACUCCAACCAAUGAAUUCUUUCCCCGAAACGGCCGUCUGACUCCAAGUCCUCACUACUCGCGACCUCGCUCCAUCGUUGCCGCUCAUAAUGACGGGGGCGCUACACGACAAGACCUCCGCCACAUCUGGGAAGAUGCAAAUCGUCAGGCGCACGCGGCCAACAGAGCGCACGUCGUGUUCCCUGAAUCCCCUAAUAGCUUCGACUACGAUACCACGAGCACGCAGCGAGGCGUGGGGGCUAUGCCUGCGCCUGCUCGUGUCGACACUGCCCAAGUGGAUGCAAACGAAUGGGCAAUCGGGUUGGAGAGGCUGCGGCUGACAGAGUCAGUCGCUCAGCAGACUCAGACAUCUUCAGAUAUACCCAAUAGACUGCAAGGAAGCUCUUAUCCCUAUCAUGCCCGCUUUAAUGCAGCUUCUUAUGUUGCAAAUCUUGAGGCAACAUCUGCUGCCCAGCCCGCUGCCCGGCUCGCUGCUGAACCCGCUGCUCAGCCAAGAAACAUCUCCAUCUGGUCUACCUAUGGCGCCCAAACAAGUCCCGACAAUGGCUUACGAAAUGGCGGCAUUGCAUCCAUGCCACACCCAUACUCGUCGCAUUCUGCACCACGACCUGCAAGAGCUGACCCGGCGCCAAACUUUCGAUCUCGUGCCAGCUCUGAGACCAGCUUCAACGGCUCAGGAAGCUUGCCUCCAGCUCAGCGGAAUUUCAAUGGCUCAGGAAGCCUGACUCAAGCCCAGCCGUCUUUUGCUCCGCAGCUGAGCCAUCCCGUCCCCAUGAGGAUGGGACAGUCGUUCAAUGCCAACCUUGCUCACAAUAGAACCGCGAGCGGCCCCGACUCGUACCAGCCGGAGCCCUUUUACCUGCAGCCUCGGAACCAGGGCUUUCUCCCGAUGCACGCCGUCCGAGCCAGCCGCGAGCCCGCCAGCACCAUCGCGGCCCACCCAUCAUCGUCCUUUAACUUUGGCAUCACCGCUCCGACCAGCCACCCCGCGGUGCCCUCGACGCGCUUCUCGGACCGCUACCACGGGAUGCACACCGAGACCAACGCCAGCGCCGAGCACCUCUCCGCCGAGCAAAACGCCAGCCUGUGGAUCACCAACCUGCCGCCCGACAUUACGCACCGCGAGCUGCUCGCGCAGAUCCGCGGCGUCGGGCGCAUCUGGUGCUGCUUCAUCAACGGGCCCGACGGGCUCAAGCACACCACGGCCGCCGCCAAGGUCGUCUUCUUCCUGCCGGCCGCCGCGCAGCGGCUCCUCCAAAACGCCGUCGAGCACGGCCUCCAGGUGCGCGGCUUCCGCGCCAAGGUGACGCAGAACCGCAUCAAGACGGGCGAGACGAUCCCCAAGGCCGGCGACGACUCGCGCGUGCUCAUCGUCACCGGCCAGGCGAGCUUCGUCAACGAGGCGACGCUGACCGAGUACUUUGGCCAGCGCUUCGUCUUCCAGGUCGACGAGGUGCGGGAGCUCCUCCGCGGCGGCGGCCGCGCCGUCGUCGAGUUUCGCUUCGGGAGCUACCGCUGCCAGUCGCAGAUGGGCAAGAUCUCGCUGGAAAAGGAUCGGCCCGUCGGGUUCGAAAAGGCAGAGUUUGGCGAGGACCCGUGCGAGGUGGGCGAGAAUUGGUCGUCACACGCUAUUGCGGUGCUGCGCAUUCGAGGUAUUGGGCUUUAG